UGCACUGUUUACAUUUUUAUUUUGUUGUCAAAAUAAAAAUGACUGACAAGUGGUACAUAGACAAACUGCCUACAGAUGUUCUUCUAAUUAUAUUUGAUUAUUGUAGUAUUAUUGAUUUAUCAAUACUAGAUUGUGUAUGUCAAAGAUUUCACUCAAUAAUUUGUGAUGAUGCUGUUUGGAUUAAAAGAAGUCAUUGGUCUUUAAUUAUUAAUCAAUUUUCAGAAAGAUUUCAAGCAAGAUGCAAUCCUUUGUUGUCACUGAGAGAAAAAUGGCGAAUUUCAAACAACUGGAUAAAAGGAAAAUUUACAAAAGAAAUAAUUGGCACAGAGAGAGUUAAUUCAAUACCCUGGUUAUGUUUAACUAAAGAUAUACUCUGGUGGAGUACUGGAAGCAGUCUUAAUGGUUAUCAUCGACCAUCACAAAAGAAUACAAGAAAUUAUAUGAAAAAAAAUUGCAUAUAUUCAUGGAAUAAUAUUGUCGGUGAUAUUUGUAAAUUUGUUGUACGUGAUGAUUGCAUUAUAAGUGGUCACAGAGAUGGCAAAAUUUGGCUUUGGUCAACAAAACCAGAUGAUGAUUUUAAUUAUGGAAUUGAACAAGCACAUUCGUGUAGUAUCAAUGCAAUUGAUGAAGUUACAGAUGCAAUUAUUUCUGGUGGUUCUGAUGGAACUAUCAAGAUUUGGCAAAAAAAUUUAGAUGUUCAAGGUGUUAAGCCAAUGAUGACUCAUAGUAUUUCUGAUAGAAUUUGGUCACUUGGAGCUGAUCCAGAUCAACAAAAAUUUGCUGUUGGAUCAUCAGGAACACAGGGUAGUUCUCCACUUCGAAUAUUUGAUAUUGAAUAUUGUAGGGAAACAAAUUUUCUCAAUUACAAUUGGAAAUAUGGAGCAGGUACAUUGGAUUUAGUUUGGGAAAAUUCAAAUUGUCUAUUGUCAUGUGGAUAUGAUACUGAUAUUAAAAAAUGGGAUUUACGAAUUGGCAAAUGUGUUGGUGCUUGGACAGAUCCAACAGAUGCUACUGUAUAUUGUUUAUCAACUGAUCAUAAUUUUACAAUGUUAACUGGUACACAGUACAAUGGUAAAUCUGUACUUUGGGAUCAACGACAAAAUAAAUAUAUACAACUUUUUUUUAUAAAAGAUUUACGAGGAAAACAAAGUCCAGUUUAUAGUGUAUCAUUUGAUUCAUCACAUAUUUAUGGUGCAACUGAUCGUCAACUUGUUGAAUUUUCAUUUUUAGGUAAUCAUAACAAAACAAAAGAUUAUCGACACAUGAUUGGAUAAUUUUUUAAUGAAUCAUUAUAAUUAUAUUGUAAUAAUUAUUUUUUUUGACAUGAAAAAUUACAAUUAUCGUUUAAAAAAAUAAAAACAAGUAAAAAUAAUGAAAUAAAUAGAGAAAAAAAACGAA